AUGGCUGAGAGCGCCACAAAGGUAAUCGGGCAAGAAAGAACCCAUAAUAGUGUAUAUGUAUGGUAUAAUCCAAAAGAUGGUAGUGAGUUUAGGGAGUAUAUGCGAAACUAUCUUGUAUUCCGCUUAAUGUGGAUAUGUUUUCGUGUGCGAAGAAAGCAUAUCUUUUACUGCUUGAAUAUAUUAAUGGCAAAAAGACAAAUAAACCCAGUAUACAAAACACAUUAUUCAAUAAGAUAUCAAGUUCACUACUAUAUUCAUCAAUACACAUGUUUCCAGGGUAUCAACCAGAAAAAGGUCUCACAGGCUAUACAGGUUUGCGAGGCAACUACACCCCGUAAAUGCGGCAUCUGA